GAGCGGCGCGAUGGAGUCUGCCCGAUGGCGCAGUCAACGUCGGGACCGGCACCCCAAAAGAUCACUCUCCACGCGGUUAGACUCACGUUCGCCAAUCCACCCCUUUUCUGACUGGCCCCCCCUCGUGAGAUGUCGCAUCCUCUGCAUAAAUAGUCCCCGGUCGAAAGCACGAGCGUCUUGACGAGGCGCGUAUGCUCGCGUGUGUGCAUGUGUGCGGAUGGCGGACGGUGAGUUCGCGUGUCCACGAUUGCGAUUAAAAACAAAGAGAGUGCGUGCAGUGCCGCGGGUUGUGCGGAUGCGUGCCUCGCCGGCACGUUGACACCUCCUACGCACCGCUGUGAUCCCCGAGGAGGGGGGGACGAGGAAAAGAAAAAGAGACAAGCGUGCAUUUCCGAGGGAAGAAAAAGAAAACUAGUGUAAACGAAUGUGUAAAAAAUAUGUUUUAAUGAAAUAACAACGGACAGGAUUGUCGUCAAAUAAACAAUUCUAUUCGUGCCGUUUCUGCAACACAGAGCAACGUAUUUUCUUCGGUGAAGCGGCAACUGGUUAAAGUGAAAAAGGAAAGUACGUGGAGGAUUAAAUGGUGUCGCAUGAAAAGUGCCCUUGGACAAUGGAUUCGUAAAAUGAAGUGUUGUUCUCCCUCAUUAAACUCCAUCGAGAAGACACACGAAUAUAAUUUCGACCGCGAUCACACGAAGAAUCACGCCAGAUGGAAGCUUUAAAACAUUACGCGCAGUUGACGGAAUUGCAAGAACGUCAAUUUCUUCUUCCGCGGACCCGGUGCGCUUCCGGAGAAUGGACGAAGCUAAAUUCUGGAAACGACAGGUGUGGGAGGAACACCAGGAUCACCAGGAUGCAGGAGCGACAAGAUUCCAGGUGCACAGGAUAGAAUGAAUCGUCGGGAGGACCCGCUGUUACGGCAGCAUCGCAACCGUUUGCUGCAAUUGGCCGAGGCGACGAACAUCAAGCCUGGUCGUGGCAGCGGGAAGAGACGCGGACAGAAACAGUCACAUGGUUUUGGGCCCAGUAACAGUGGGCCCAGCCGCGUCACGCUUCAGGAUAUCGUCAGGAACGAUCCUGGGUACACGCCGAACAUCGAGCACCUAGUGUUUCCGGAGCGCAAGAGUAGCAAUCCAAAUUUAAAGGGUGUCAUCGAUGGCUCGCCACCAAGUAAAUCCAAGUCGAAUGCGACGACCUCGGGAAGAUCCAGACUGGCCGAGGUUUUCGCUCGGCAUUACGCAAGAGGAUCCUCGCAGGACUCGUCCGUCACGUCCAGGAAGAAUCACGUGAAUAGCACAUCGCUGGAUAGUGGGAGCGCGAUAGGUCAUCAGCCAGGGCCCGGCGGGCCCACGGUGGUGACGCGGAAUGCCGGGCGCCGCUGGCUCUCGCAGAACUCGCAAUCCUCGAGGCAGCACUCGGCCGAGGAUGGGAUACGUGGGGGCAACGUGGGCGUCGGAGGGCCCGUUUCGACCUUGUCCUCGAGUCAGGCCCCCGGCCAGGCCGCGCCUCCCGCUCUGCCGCCGCGCAGAGUCAGUCCAGCUGCGGAUACAAGCGAGAUCAACGCGGGCCCUAUCUCGCGUGUCGACAGGGGCUCGAACGUGUCGAUUCUCCAUCUCCGUAACGCGUCAGCGGACCCAUGGGAGGUCGGUUCUCAAGGCUCCUCGUACAGCAUCGGCAGCAGCAACAAGAGUCAGACAGGGAGUGGCAGAGGGAAAUCCAGUGGGAACGCGCGUGGAUCCUACAACCGCGGUAGUUCGAUACCAUCCCUGAAACGUCACGAUACAUCCACGUCGGCCACGUCGACGUCAAGUCUCAAACAGCAUCGCCAAGACAGCCACGGCCAGGUGUCCACUAGUUCUCGUCGUCGCGAUGCCGUGAACUCCUUCCUAUCGGGCAACAGCGGCACUUCGGGCGAGCUGUUUAUCAGCGGCAACUGCAGCCGCGAGCUCUCACCCGUGCGAUGGUGCGAUCGCGAGGUCGACGGCGUUUACCUCGGCCGUUCUGGCUGGGUGCAGGUACAGCAGCGGUCGCUCGACGAAAACCGCCGUACGAACUACGAGAGCAACCGGGUAACCGCGGCUACCGGCACUCUGCCGUUGUCGCGGCGGGCAGCGGUCAAGUUGGCGGACUAUCAUUGCAACAGUGAGCCAGGCAAAUGUCCGCAGGACUUCACCAGAGGAGUGGACUCGCAGCGGCCCGACUUCCUCGCGCUGCACAGCCAGGACUUCGACUCCAUCACUACUAGCGCCUGCACGUCGCCCCACAGUAUCCCGGAGUCCUUCUCCCCGCCGUCGCUCACGCCGAUCAUAUCGCCGCCGCCGGCGUUCCAGGACACCGUCGCCGGCAAGAAAUCCUCCUCUUCCAGACAUCCGUCUUCCUCUGCCGCCGUGCGCAGCAACUAUGGCAGCAAGGCCCCUUUUCUGCCGCGAUCGAACGCCAUCGUCGAUAGCGACAUCAUCAGUCCGCCACCGUCGCCGCCGUCUCAUCAGACUAACUGGAGCUCCCUGCCGUCCGCGUCCAGAAAAAAUUCCAGCCUGCCCCCCUCCAGGUCGAAGAGACAGAACGCCAGCCAGCAGCAUCAGCAACAACAGCAGCAACAGCAGCAGUAUCGCAUGGCGCAGGCCAAGUCCCUGGAGGAUCAAUCGUCCUCCAGAAGGUCGCAAUUCGCGCAAAGAUAUAUCGACUCGUCCAGCUCGUCGUCGUCGUCGAUGGGAUUCAGAAGCCUCGACAGUUGUGUCACAAAGCCCAUUAUGCCCAGUUUGGCAGAGAAUACGGAUUCUUCGGUGGAGGGAUAUGAAGAUAGCGACGAAGAUGAUAACCCUAGCUCGUCUUUAAAUCUCAGUUUGGUGUCGUCAUCGGCUCUUGCGUUGAAUUCGUCCACAGAAUCGAUUCGCGCCAAUGGCGAACGAAUAUCGCCCAACAGGCAAGGGAGAAUCCAUAGAAGUCAACAGGGGCUCAGAAGAUCGCCCGGCUCCUCCGAAUCCGGAAAACAAAUGUUCAAUUCACCGUCCUCCUCCUCGUCUUCCUCGUCCAGCAGCGAGGGACGGCAAGGGCGGUCACCUACGCCUAAUCCAUUCAGACGCGGCAACCCCUCGCGACAGCACCAGAGCUCUAGGACCAAUCAAGUAUCGCCCGAUUCCCAUCAAUCCCGGGUUAGAAGGUCCAGGAGCCUCCAAUUGCCGGAGAAAAGGUCACCGGGAACGACCGGCCCGCAGAGGGAUCACUCCCGAGAGUCGAAUGAGGCGCACAGAGUUGUUGUGAAGAUUGUGAAUGAUCGAGGAACCGACAGGUCCAAGCGCCACGUACUUCAGAACAGAAAGGCUCAGUCCACCGACGAUACUAUAAAUGAGAAUCUUUUCCGUGAGCCGGAGAUGGUAACCGAAUAUCUGUAUGGCACGCGUAGUCGUGUCGUGCCGAGAAAUACGUUGCCAAGUCGCUAUGAGCGUCGCGACGAGAGCCAAGAGCAGAGGCGAGGCAAUUCCGCAAACACGUAUGACGUCUACAUCAUAUCCUCCAAGCAGCAGCAGCAGCAGCAAUCGUCCAAAGCACCGAAUUCCUCGCAGUCUCAACAGCAACAACAACAGCAGACGCAACAGCAGCAGCAGCAACACCAACAGCAAUCAAGACGACCCCGGACGCUGCAGAGAGGUGCUACGACCCCAAACGCAAAUGCAACGUCCGCCAAUCAGGAUUUCUGCAUCAGCCCGGACACCAAACUGCGUUGCAACAGCAGCACGUGCGACUUUUGGCCCCACUGCUCACAAAGGGAGACCUUGUACUCGCCGAAUCAAGCACCGCCGGUUUUCAUGAAACUGUCACAGAGCUAUCCGGCGCAUCAGAGGCUCUCCAACGACGCCGGCAGCCAUCGCGGAAGCGCUAGCUCUUCGCCGGCCUCCCUCGAGCGUAUGGACGAGCGAGAACUUCGUGAAAGGGAUAACUCAAGAAAGACUAGAAGCAGCCAGCAGAGGGACAAGUAUCAAGAGAGGCCCAAGAGCGUGCUCAAGCAAGCCAAUAGAUGGUCGCCAUUGGAGGGCAUCAAUGGGAAUGUUGGCUCCGGGCCGGAGAAGAGAGAUCAGAUACACCGAGUGUACCGGAAGCCUGAUUUCCCGGGAUCUUACGAUGGCGCCGACAGUAAGGAUAGGAGGGUGUCACCCAUCCAAGGGAUGAACGUUGUCAACAGAUCGCCGAGCGGCGGUGCCGUCAUAUCCUCGUCAACGACCACCUCGUCGUCCUCGAGCAGCGAUAUCUGGAUUACCACAUCGGAUCGCACGGUGACGAAGAGUCCGCGAAAUGCGAAGAGCUCCGGUGCGUCUACGCCGAUAGAGGACGCCGUGAUCGGUUCGCUCAAAACAUUGAUAGAACCGCCAAAGGACGGAACGCUGUCCAGACCUGGUAGCGCUCCCACACGAGGUGAAGACUCGCUCACGGGCAACGUCGUCCUGGAUCCUCAUCAGCGAUCCUUGUCGCUACCCAAAUCCUUCCUGGCACAUCACACGGCGAACGGCAGAUCGACAUCCUGGCAGCGGGGACACGAUUCCCAGCGAUCCAGCCCCAGUCCCAGCAGGCACCGUCGCACGCAGGAAGCGGCCGCAUCUCACACAGCCCCCGUUUCCCCUUUGCAUGACUACAGAACGAGCAGCCACGCCGGGAGGGAGAGACGACGGAUUCCUGGUCUCAGCAAGGCUCAACGGCGGAUCAAAGCUUCCAGCACCCCAGCACUUUUGGAUAGAAAUCAUGACAGUCGACAAUGGUCCGGCGACGAAGAGGACGAAGGCACCAGGGCGGGACACGUGACGACCGAGCAUCCCUUGGCCGAGGCGACGAUCCCUCUGGUCAGUCAUUCCAGGCUGCAGGAGCCGUCUCCCGUCCUGAAUGUCGCCAAUGUGCCCACCGGCGGAAGUCAGAAUGCUGUGCAGCGCGCACAGAGCCAGCAAGAGAGCGUGCUGCAGAAAUUCCGUAAGAGCUUCUCGUUGAGGUUCCACAAGAAGGGCAGCAAGGAGAGCAACGAGGAAUGCCCCGUCGAAGACAACGACGGCACUGGGCCGUUGGACGAGGAAGACAGCGUAGAGACGCCUUCUGUGACCACCUCCGAUCAAAGCAGCCAGCAUAAAGACGACUCCAGUAAUGAUCAGAAAUUCCGGUUCGGUCCACUCGUCUGGAGGAGCAGCAAGGAGAGGAAGAAAGGCAACAAAGCCGCUCGAAACGCCAAGUGUAACAGCGGAGACAGCGGCAUACAAAUCGAGAUGGUAUCUGGUGGAGCGUUGACUGGCGGCAGUGGUGGCGGAAUGAUGGGGGGUGGUGACAGCUCCGAGUCUCACGAUACAGACGACAUCCCCGACGACACCGAUAGCCCUCCGGCCCUUCGCAGGCGAGUUACCGAUAAAUUGCGGCCCCAGUCUGAGCUCAUCAACCAGAUACUGAUUGACAAGUUCAAGGCGGAUCUGCAGAACCGCGCGACGCGACAUAAUCACGUGCGUCGCACGAAUAGCGAUCUAGGGGGGCAGAGGUUGCUCCAGUGGGACACCAGAUCCGGAUACGUUCACAAUUAUCGCAGGAUGCUGUCGACUCCGUCGCCGAUCAAGACGAGGCCGCCCAGGCUCAGCCCGAGGCACUCCUCCCAUGAUAUCGUUACGCUGAGAAGUAACACGAAAGGGAGGAGUUCUCGGACAAAUUUGAGGCGGUCGCUUAGCCAGCCACUGGGAAUCAAUCAGCUCUCACCAUUGAUGCGCGCCAAGACCUCAGUAGGCGCGAGAUUACCCGGUGGCAAUGUGCUAUCAGAGGACGAGCAGGAUGGAAGAGCCGGCACAUCGGAGGAUGACGAAAUGAUGUCCGAUUCCGAAUCCUCGAUUGCUUCCUUGACGGACAAGAAGAAAUCAUUCGAGCAAACGAUGGAUGAGGAAAUCGUCAUGUUGGCCGAGGCUGUUUGGGAUCAUGUGGCAAUGGAACCGGAGGAGCUAGCUUUUCGCGCCGGGGAUGUCAUCGACGUCCUAGAUACGUUGGAUAGGGAUUGGUGGUGGGGUAGCUGUAGAGGAGAACAUGGUUGGUUUCCGGCCGCUUUUGUCAGGUUGCGCGUAAGUCAAGAAGACACGGUGGAGGAUUGUCUGGCAGCGAUGGCCUCGGGAGGAUCCUCGGGUGUUCAGCUCAGAAGGAGGACAAGCAUUUCUUUGCUCUCGAACGAGCAGGUGAGGACCAGCGUGGUCCGCGAGCUCGUUCACACCGAGCGCGACUUCGUCAAAAUCCUGCGCGACGUGGCCGAGGGUUACAUCGCCGAGUGCCGCAGGCGCACGGACAUGUUCACCGAGGAACAGAUCGAGACGAUUUUCAUUAACCUCGAGGACCUCCUAGACUUUCAGUCAGAAUUCCUGAAGGACCUCGAGGACAGCAUUGACUGGAACGCGCCGUACAAAAGCUGCGUCGGCGAAUGCUUCCUCAAGAAUAGGGCAGGUUUUCGCAUGUAUUCCGAGUACUGCAACAGCCACCCAAUGGCCACGGCGACGCUACAGGAACUCUACCAGCAUAAUCGUUAUAGCAAAUUCUUCGAGGCCUGUCGAUUGAUGAGGGGCCUCAUAGAGAUUCCCUUGGACGGAUAUUUAUUGACACCCAUUCAACGAAUAUGCAAAUACCCCCUUCAAUUAGCAGAGCUACUGAAAUACACGAAGACCGAUCAUCCGGAUUAUCACAAGAUCCAAGAGGCCUUGGAAGCGAUGAGAGACGUUGCAGUAUUGAUCAACGAGAGAAAAAGGCGGAUGGAAAGCCUGGAGAAGUUGGCCGCAUGGCAACUGCGCGUAGAAGGUUGGGAGGGUGAGGAUCUCAUAGAAGUUUCGUCGCAACUUAUUUAUCAAGGUGACGCAAUGAGAGUGAAGACUGGCAUGUGGACGAACAACAUCAUGUUAUUCCUCUUUGAUCAUCAAUUGGUCUAUUGCAAGAAGGACAUUCUUAAGCGCAACACUUACGUCUACAAAGGUCGCAUUUAUCUUGACACCAGCGAAGUCAUCGAUGUGCCUGACGGAAAAGAUCUUCAAUCGGGGGUGACAGUCAGGCAUUGCCUGAAGGUGUACAGCUGCGUUCGGGACAAAUGGUUGCUUUUCUGUUGCCGCACAGCAGAGGAGAAGCAGCGGUGGCUAGCGGCAAUGGCCGAGGAACGAAGGCUGGUGGCUCAGGACAGAAGCGAUGGAUUGGAGUUUCCAGCGGCGGCUAGGCAGCUUGCCAGGCUUGCCGCUAGCAGGCAGCAGAACAGGCCACCGAUCAAACCUCGCAACAAAACGUACAAGAGAGAGUCGGCAUACGAGAUGCCCACGACAAUGAUCGGUCAGGGUACUACAAAUUCGCUAGGACGGAAGGUCGGGACCUGGUUCAUGUUCGGUAGCAACAAGAAAAAUGCGCGGCUUCAACCAUCCUGAGACAGGCCUACCUUCGUACCGUACAUUGACCUGUAAAGCUAUGGCUAACGACGCUGCAUCGUCCUGUCGAAAUCCUGAAGCGAGACACCUUGAUAUCGGUUGUUUCGAAAUUUAGGAACCUUUGCGAACAAACGUUCGAGAAUAUCUUUAUUAAUCGAUAUUCCAAUCAGGGUGACAUUGCUCGUUUUGCGACCGAUCAAAUUUUGGAAAUUAUUCUCUGUGGGUCGAUGAACGAACCACUAUGAUCGCUUGGAUUUCAUAGCAUCGAGGAUGAACAGCGCCUCGUCAUAUGUACGGCACGAAGGUAUUUAGGUAAUUCCCAAGUGGAUUUUGUCCUACGAAGUAUACCUCUUCUAAGGCAGGGAAAGUAAUCGCUAUCCAUUUCAUCGACCGAUUAUCAUCUGUGGAGAGCAAUCCGCAGAGUUAAAAGAAACUUCUAAUGAUUUUUCAUCCAUUGUCUCUCACGAACACAGACGUUUCUCACCAUCAAACAGAUUUCAUCGUCCAAUUUAGAUAUUUGCAGACAAAAGUCGCUCAUUAUACACGCCUAUCCAAGGAUUUUGUGAGUCUUCAAAUUGGUGCUCCCCAAACUCUUAGAUCUUAAAGCUAAAAAAUGUUCGAUCAUCUUCGACGUGACGUUAUGACGAUGCUCAAUCUGAGAAGCACCGUCCAAAAAGAAAACGUUUCGGAGAAGAAAAAUAUUUGUUACUUAACUGAGAAAGGUGUAUAAUCACUCUUGUAGAUAUUUGACGUUAAAAAACCUACCGUUAAUAAUAGCGGACAUGAAGGUAGAUUAGGGAAGUAGAGACAUUUAGAGAAGUAGGUAGUAAAUGUAUAAAGUCAAUAGCAGGCUUCUGAAGUACUAAAGAGAAAGUACUAGUCAUUCUUCAUCGUGCAAAUUCUUGAUAAAUCGCAGAUGAAACAUGAUAAAUAUAUACGAUGUAUUGUUACACGCGCAAUCGCUUUUUGAAUCGAAAAACUGGCAUGGUACGUCACACGGAUGUAUUUUUUAUGAUAAUCGAAAGACUGACAACCGAGAUGCAAUUUCCUCGGGAGGAAACCUUGAGGUUGCAAUCUUGAGAGAGAAAUGCAACGGGAUCGAUUAAGAAAUAUCUGAAUUGAGUCUCCGAAUUUGUUAAAUAAACUUCGUCUAGAUUAUUUGACUAUUGUUCCGGAAAUAAUUUUAUCGAUCAAUUUUGUGUAUAACAAGAAUUAAUCAUUUGUAUUAAUUCUGUGCAACUAUUAGCAAGUUCAGUCACAAAAUCCAUAUUAAUUGGUUUCGCAAAAAAUUCUGAUCAGCCGAUUCCGCACACCACUUUUCUCUCAACGAAAACGUAGUACUGUAUUUCGUAGAAAAAACUUCCAGCGAGCUAUACAAGAUAACUUUUACUGCCUAAUGUUCGUUAUUUCACAUCAUAAUCAUAAUAUUUGUAGUAGUUUAUACGGAAUUGCGAAUGGCAGUAAGACAAGAAGAAGAAGACGAGAGGAUAAAACACGAGAAUGAAGAGAAAAAGGAAAAUUUAUGUUUGCACAAAACAACGCAAAAGCAGUAUUAUACAAAUAUCCAUACAGAUGAAAAAAAAGUGAUUUAGACAAGAUAUGUAAAUACUUACAUAUCACGCCUCCUUAUCCGAUAUAAAGCGCUAAGCUUUUAAAAAGAAAAAAAAACGAAA